CGUCCCAGUAGCGGAAGUGUUAGAACGUGCUUCAAAUAUCUCUCCCUCUCUCUAUGUAGUAGGAGACAUAUAUAUAUACAUGUAUAUAUAUAUAUCUGGUAUAUUGAAAAAUGCAAAUCUUACAGCUCUUAUGCUUGUUACUUGCUUGCUUGUUAUCGCCUAGCUUGGUGCGUGGACAGGGCCAUGUGCUGGAUAAGCCAGUCACCGAACUAUGCCUCACCUGCCUCUGUGAGGCAAUGUCUGGCUGCAAUGCAACUGCAAUUUGUACUAGCCAGGAGAAGGGUAUCUGUGGCAUCUUUAGGAUUACGUGGGCAUAUUGGGUCGACGCUGGCAAAUUGACGGUGGGUGGCGAACAACCCGAUUCGGAGGAGGCCUUUGUCAAUUGUGCAAAUGAUCCGCACUGUGCGGCAGACAGUGUCCAGAACUAUAUGAAGAAAUUCAAUCAGGAUUGCAAUGGGGAUGGUGAGAUGGAUUGCCAUGACUAUGCGAGAAUACAUAGAAUGGGCGCUUAUGGUUGCACCAGAGAGAUGCCCUACAAAUAUCGGACCACCUUCGAAGACUGCAUCGAGAACUAUGAGGAACAAGGAUUAGGGGAUGAGUGACAAAAGUGUAUAAAAUUAAGGAUUAAGGGUUUUUUUUUGUUCUUUUAACAAUUUUGCCGGUAUGAACAUAUUUGUUCAUCAUGAUUUGAAUAUUCAUAUCGAGUUGGAAGAGAUUUCAAUGUUGAAAAAAGUUAAUAAAUAUCUAUCACUGAAGAAAGAGACAAAUAGUAAAAAAGUUAAUAAAUUUCCAUCACAAUAAGUUGCUCAAAAUUCGGCGAUAUUUUUAAAGCACAUUUGUAAUAUAAAUGUAAAUGAUAUUUUUCUAUAUUUGUAUAUAUUUUUAUACUUAUAUAAAAUAAAUAUAUAAAUAAAUAAAUGAUGAUAGUUAUCAAAUUGCGAUUCCCCAAACAAUUGGCCGAAUUAACAAUUA